AUGGCGGUCUGUGUUGCUGUGAUUGGAAAAGAUAACGCUCCCUUGUACAUUGGGGGAAUUGGUAAUGACACAAGCACGGAUAAUGAAUUAUCGAGACAGUGGCUAGUUCAUACAGCUCUUGAUGCGUUAGAAGAGAGACUAGUGUCUAGUAAUACUACUACAGCAAACACAGCAACAAAUGCAGCUCGUACUGAUUUAAGAGAUUUAUAUUUGGGCUUGUUAUAUUCAACAGAUACUCAUAAAAUUUAUGGUUAUGUUACAAAUACACGUAUUAAAUUGGUAUUGGUGACUAGCUCCACAUCACCAAGUGGCAGUAACAUAAGGGAUGCAGAAGUAAGAACUGCACUAAGGAGGUUACAUGCACUUUAUGCUGAUGCUAUUUGUAAUCCAUUCCACUUACCUGGUGAUCAAAUUACUUCCAUAAAGUUCGACAAGCAAGUGAAAAAUUUGAUGCUUAAUAAUGUUUAG